AUGGGCACAUGCACGGAAGAUCAGACAAGAGGCGCUUUUGGGCCAACAUAUAUUCAUGAGCCUCAGGCAGAACACACCCAUACCAUCAUUCUGCUCCAUGGGCGGGGGAGUUCGGGUGAGGAGUUUGCCGAGCAGCUUUUCGAGGAUCGACUAUCGGACCAGUCGAAAACUCUGGCGGAGAAAUUUCCCAGCUGCAAAUGGGUUUUCCUGUCCUCCCCAGAGGUUUGGGAUCCGGUAUUCCAGGAGGAUAUUUCUGCUUGGUUCGAAGCACAUUACCUCACGGACGUUGAUGCCCGGCAGGACCUGCAGAUUCCUGGGAUCAGGCAAUCCGUCGAGUACGUAUUAGCCUUGCUGGGUCAAGAGAUUGAUGCCCUUGAUGGGAGGGCAGAGAGUGUCUUUCUGGGCGGCAUCAGUCUGGGAGGGGCCGUGGGCAUAUGGACUUUCCUGUGCUUGUGGAAUGCGCCAGUCCCCAGACGCAUCGGGGGUUUCUUCGCAGUUAGUACAUGGCUCCCUUUCUCCAAAAAUAUCAGCCGAGUUUUCAAUAAGGGUGAGAAUUCCAGGUCAGAGUUGCCAAGUGAUAACUCUGAAUCUGACGCGUUUGUCGAAACCAUGCUCUCAUCUGCUAUUGCCAAAGCACAACAACAAAAUUCUUCAUUUCUAUCUAUACCAGUAUUCCUAGGCCAUGGAUCAGACGAUGCAUAUGUUGAUGUCAACUUGGGAAGACAAGCAAGGGAUUUAUUACUCAAAGUAGGGUUUGAGGUAGAAUGGAAGGAGUAUGCGGGGGCAGAACAAGAGGGACAUUGGUUAAAGUGUCCAGACGAGCUGGAUGAUAUUGCUUCUUUCUUGUCUCGAAAUAUCAUUUACUGA